UURMAGAUACGACUGAUGAUCGACAAUGGCGGCUGAACUAAAAGACGUUAAUAAUAGCUUCACAAAUCCUGUUAUGAAGGACGAAUUUUCGUCACAAAUCCAGCUGAAAAGCACKGAGGAGCUGUUCAAGCCACACCCUUGUCGAGGCCGCAACGUCAAAAUCGUACUUAUAAUCUUGCUAGUUCUCUGUKCUGUAGCUGUGGGUUUUGUAAUUGGAUAUUUUAUUCCAAAAAUGAGCGCAAAAUCAGGUACCCCCGGAGGUACAGACAGCGCGGAGACAGCAGAUUACGAAAAGAAGUUUAAGCAAAUGGUAGACACAAAAGAAAUGAUGCAUACACUCAGGUUCCUUACAAGUCGUCCACACCCCGCUACCACYCCAGCCAAUGAGGAUUUGGGCAAAUUUAUUGAAAAYAAAUGGAAAGACUAUGGUUUCAAGGUGGAUAUACCUAAGUACGACGUCCCGAUAUCAUUUCCUCAAGACGAUAAACCAAAUAUGGUGUUUAUUAUCAACAACGAUACAAAAGCUCAGGAAUACGUCAUCAAGGGCCAGCUAAAUAUGUCAUCAAGUACAACGAGUAAUACCACAUUUAAGUACUCACCUUUCCUUGCCUACACACCGAAUGCAACAGUAGAAGGAGAGUUAGUUUAUGCCGGCAGAGGAUUGCUAGCUGAUUUCAAUGAAUUGAAAARGAGUAACAUCUCUGUUAAGGGAAAAAUCGUUAUCAUGGGKUAUUUAUUUGGACAGGUAUCACUGGCCCAGGAAUUAGGGGCAAUAGGAGUUAUCAUCUACUCCGAUCCYAAAUACUAUGCACCAGAGGGGCAUAGCAAAAAUGACACUUACCCUAAUUCACCAUGGCUUCCUCCUGACGCAGUACAAAGACUCUCUAUGAUUCCUGACCUCGGCGAUCCUUAUACGCCACAUUUACCAUCCAAAAAAGGAAUGUAUCGCCUUCCUGAAAGUAAAAUCAAAUAUCUGAAGAUCCCCGCUCAAACAAUAUCGUAUCACGACGCAUUGCACAUUAUGCGCAAAAUGGGAGGAAUCAAAGUCCCACAAUUUAUGAAGGGUGGAUUCAACAUUGAUUAUCGAUUUGGUCCACUGAUGAGCAACUCGAAUACGUCAUCAAUCGUUAGACUGGAAGUCCACAACCAGAUUCGCAUUAAAACAGUCCGCAAUGUGAUCGCUACGAUACCUGGGAAAUCCGAACCUGACAGGAUCGUUUUUAUCGGAAACCACAGAGAUGCGUGGACGUUUGGCGCGUCGGAUCCAUCUAGUGGUACAACAACUUUGCUGGAAAUUUCACGAAUUCUAUCAGGUCUUMAAAAGCAAGGAUGGCAGCCAAAAAGAACGAUUAAGCUUUGCAGCUGGGGAGGAGAAGAAAUGGCACUAAUGGGGUCCCAUGAAUGGAUACAAGAAAAUGAUCAAUUGGUGCGCGCACGGGGUGUGGCAUAUCUAAACACGGAUAUUGCUGUUGGWGGGAAAUAUGUAUUACACGUGCAAUCAGCUCCAUUACUCUCAGAGUUUAUUAUUAAACACACUAAAAAGAUGCCAGAUCCCUUGGUCCCCUCUAAGACGCUAUUCGACACAAUGUUGGUGCGGCUUCAAAAAUCUCGCGACUAUCCAACCGAGCCUGAGAUUAGCAUAUUCAAAUACGUGUCCGAUAAUUUUCCCUUCCAGGUAUACUCKGGCGUCACAACGGCGGAUUUUAGCUUCUUCUAUGGCCACAAAAACAAAGAACUGCUUUAUCCAUUAUAUCACACCCAAUUCGAUACGUUUGAAUGGAUUGAAAAAUUCGCUGACCCGGAAUUUCGGCAUUUCCAAACGAUGACGCAGUUGUUAGGCGGUAUGGUGUUGGAACUGUCAGACUGUUCUUUGCUUCCAUUUGGUGUUGAACGAUUUGGAAAAUCGGUACUAAAGGCAAAUAGAAACCUGAAAAUAUACAGUUUUACCUUCCCAAACGCAAAUGAUACUUUGAAGGACUUGAAACAAGCUACCGAUGAGUUUGUUGYCGUCGCCGUUCGUUUUGAGAAUAUGAAAAAGGAACUUACUGGCAAAGAAAACCCAYUGACCUUGCGCAUGUACAAUGAUCAAAUGGCGAGUUUGGAAAGGACGUUUAUAAGCCAGCAAGUCACCACUUCCCCGUCAAUGAAAACAGUCUUGUUCAACGACAGGUUUUUGAAUAUAGAGAAUGUCAUCCAAGAAUUCAAAGAUAGGAAAAACGAAACUGAAAGCCGCGAUGAAGCACUUCGGUUUCAGUUUUCUGUUCUAAUGCAGAUAAUUAGAGCUGCGACAUCUUUACUGAAGAUUUAGCUGCCAAAAUUUGAAUUUCAUUAACAGUUUUAAAAUAUUCGUGAAUUGGAUCAUGCACUUUCGUUAAGCAAUUUCGAACAUUYGUAAAUUUUAAAACAUAUUAAUAGAUUUGCAAUUGCACAAUAUUUUAUUAAUUUGGAUAUAUAUUUCUGUGUUUUUACUAUAUCAACUACAACCCUUAGCGUCUUGGUAAUUAAUUCAUUUUUACGGUUUUUCGAUUCUUCAUCAGGUGAAGAUAAGUCAAUUCCCUUUUUUUUUCUUUAAARUAAAGUCACAAGCUUUUGAUAGCGUAAUUUUACUUCUUAGGCGAACAAURGCAAUAUGCAGGGUUUUUUUCAUAAUUAUAUUAUGGGUUAUCCACGCCCUUUUGUAAAUAUAGGUGUACUUAUACUGUUAUCGAUGUAUAUAGUCAUCCAAUUGAUAGUGAUUUGAGUUUAAUUCUCUAUGUAAUCGUAAAUAAUAAGUGAAUGUAUCCUUGCUUUGAAUUGAUAAACACUUAAAAAAAAACAACUUAAUAUUACGUAGAUUAAUAUUA